AUGGUGGCGACAGACAAGGGCAUCAUCACCAUGCUAGUCAAGGAUAAGCUGCUGCCGCGAUGGCAAGGCAAGACGUGCCCAGCCUGCAACAGGGGCAGUUUGUCCUCACUCCAGCAGAGGCCUGGGCGCCGCACAUGGGUGCAUCGCUGCAGCUACUGGAAGUGCAAGCAGUACAUCAACCCGCAUCACAUGCACCCGUUCUUUACGGAAUGCAAAGGAUCUGAAGGUCACAGCCUUCAAAUCCAAGCUGCUGUGCUCUUGUUGCACCUCUGCAACAUCAAACAGUCGGAGAUCCACAAGUUGAUGGCUGUGAACCACAAGGCGGUCGAGGACAUGGGCAAGAAGCUCGCGCAGGGAAGGAGGAAGUAUGUGGAGGCGGUUGAGAAAACCAUUCGGUUUGGUGAUGGUGUGAGCUGGCUUGACGUGGAGGCGGAUGAGGCGACGUUCGACAAGCGAGACAUCAGCAAAGUGCCAAGCAUGAGGGGGCUUGUCAAGGGCAACGACUGCAUCAUGUGGGAGCAGUGGUGCGGCAUUGUGCAACGAGGUACUCAGCUCAUUAAGGACAAACUGCGCGCGGCCCAGUAUCAGUACUGGCAUAAGGACUCCGACAUGUGGCUGGAGACGGGCAAGUUGGUCCAGCACAUGAUG